UGUUAGCCAAAACAAUCAUGGUAGUGCUGGCCUUCCUGGCCACGAAACCAGGGAACAGGGUGAGGAGAUGGUUGGGGAAGAGCUUGGCCAACUCCAUCAUCCUUUCUGGUUCUGCUGGAAAAAUGGUCAUUUGUGCAAUCUGGCUGGGAGUUUCUCCUCCGUUUCCUGAUUUUGACCUGCACUCCCAAUCAGGAGUGAUCAUCCUUCAGUGUAAUGAAGGCUCUGUGACCAUGUUUUAUGUUGUUCUCUGCUACAUGGGUUUCCUUGCUGCCGUUUGCUUCACAGUGGCUUUCCUGGCCAGGAACCUGCCUGGGGCCUUCAACGAAGCCAAACUGAUCACCUUCAGCAUGCUGGUCUUCUGCAGCGUCUGGAUCUCCUUCCUGCCCACCUACUUGAGCACCAAAGGGAAAUACAUGGUGGCCGUGCAGGUUUUCUCCAUCUUGGCUUCUGGGGCUGGCCUGCUGGGCUGCAUCUUCUUCCCCAAGUGCUACAUUAUCAUCCUGAGACCAGAUCUAAAUACUAAGGAACAUUUAAUGAUAAAAGUCGGUAUCUGAUCAUGAAGUAGUUUCUUAAGCUCAUAACACUUAAUUAUUUAUUGC